CGGCCCCCGGGCGCCCGGGCCGCAGCGCAGGCGGCGCUCGCACCCCGGCCCCGGCGGGCCCCGGCGGAGCAGCGGGCACAGGUCCCUGGAAGGUGGCGUCAGCAUCUGCAGCCGCGUCGACGUUGUGGGAGCUUCCGCGGAGGACCCGGGAGAGCCGGACUAGGAUCAGGGCCCUGGGCCUCGCCACCCUCCCCAUGGCCUCCACAGAGCCCCAAGGGCCGCGGCCGGUGCUGGGCCGCGAGAGUGUCCAGGUGCCCGACGAUCAGGACUUCCGCAGCUUCCGGUCAGAGUGUGAGGCCGAGGUGGGCUGGAACCUGACCUACAGCAAGGCUGGUGUGUCCGUGUGGGUGCAAGCGGUGGAGAUGGACCGGACACUGCACAAGAUCAAGUGCCGGAUGGAGUGCUGUGACGUGCCAGCCGAGACGCUCUAUGAUGUCCUGCAUGACAUCGAGUACCGAAAGAAGUGGGACAGCAAUGUCAUCGAGACCUUUGACAUCGCCCGCUUGACGGUCAAUGCAGACGUGGGCUACUACUCCUGGAGGUGUCCCAAGCCCCUGAAGAACCGUGAUGUCAUCACCCUGCGCUCCUGGCUCCCUAUGGGCGCUGAUUACAUCAUCAUGAACUACUCAGUCAAACAUCCUAAAUACCCACCUCGGAAAGACUUGGUCCGAGCGGUCUCCAUUCAGACGGGCUACCUCAUCCAGAGCACGGGGCCCAACAGCUGCGUCAUCACCUACCUGGCCCAGGUGGACCCCAAAGGCUCCUUACCCAAGUGGGUGGUGAAUAAAUCUUCCCAGUUCCUGGCGCCCAAGGCCAUGAAGAAGAUGUACAAAGCGUGCGUCAAGUAUCCCGAGUGGAAGCAGAAGCAUCAGCCGCACUUCAAGCCGUGGCUGCACCCGGAGCAAAGCCUGCUGCCCAGCCUGGCGCUGUCGGAGCUGUCGGUGCAGCACGCGGACUCGCUGGAGAACAUCGACGAGAGCGCAGUGGCCGAGAGCCGCGAGGAGCGCGGGGGCGGUGCGGGUGGGGAGGGCAGCGACGAUGAUACCUCGCUCACCUGAGUGCGGCGGGGCCGCCACCGCAAGGACCGCACAGGAUGGGCCGGGGCUGGGGACCGCGGAUCCGCCCGCACUUCCUCCCCUCCCUCCUGGCCCGCGCCUCCUGGGGCUAUGGGCUCGGGCCUGGCUGGACACAGCCGCAAUAAACGAUCCCA